AUGGGUCGAGUCAUCCGAGGACAGCGCCGUGGCGCCGGGUCGAUUUUCACCGCAAGCACGCACAAGCGCAAAGGGCCGGCCGCGCUGCGCUCGCUGGACAACAUCGAGCGCAAGGGCUACAUCCAAGGUGUGGUGACCGACAUCGUGCACGACAGCGGGCGCAACGCGCCACUGGCGCGCGUCGAGUUCAAGAACCCGAUCGCGCACGGCAAGCAAAAGGCGCUGUUUCUCGCCACCGAAGGCAUGCACUCCGGGCAGUUCGUGUACUGCGGCAGAAAGGCGCGCAUCGACGUGGGCAACGUGCUGCCGAUCGGCCGGCUGCCGGAGGGCUCAAUCGUGUGCAACAUUGAGCGCCGCGAGAGCGACGGCGGCCGCAUCGCGCGCGCCUGCGGCACCUACGGCAUCGUCAUUGCGCACAGCGAGGACGGCUCGAAGACGCGCGUGCGCCUGCCGUCAGGCAUCCGCAAGACGGUCAGCUCGAACUGCCGCGCGCAGGUUGGGCUCGUCGCGGGCGGCGGCGUGACCGACAAGCCGCUGAUGAAGGCGGGCGCCUCGUACCACAAGCACAAGGCCAAGCGCAGCGCCGUCUGGCCGAAGGUGCGCGGCGUCGCGAUGAACCCCGUGGACCACCCGCACGGCGGCGGCAACCACCAGCACAUCGGGCACGCGAGCACCGUCAGCCGUCACGCGCCGCCGGGCCAAAAGGUCGGCCUCAUCGCUGCGCGCCGCACCGGUCUCGUGCGCGGCGGCCGCGUGGUCACGCAGAAAGACUAG